UAUCUGACGUCAUAUCCAGCUGAUAUAGUUGUGUAAUUUGUACUGGUGAAAAUUUAUUUUGGGAUGACUGAAAAUUUGUUUUAUUAUCUUGCUUGACUGCUACUGUUUUACAAGAGGACUGGAGAUAGUCUUAUCUUUUAUAUUUCUAUGCUCGCUGAAAAUUACAGAGGGAAAAAAAGGAUCUUAUUUGAUGCACCUUCUGAAAGCUGCAGCGUACCUGGGCGUGAUUGGUGUUUUGAUUGCAUGUGUCUGGCCGUUUGGUUCCGUGAUGAGUAUCUACAGGAAUAGUGUGUUUGUCGUCAAAGGAUUGAGAGAAUUCUGCAAGAGUGGCUAUGAACAUGCAGCAAAAUCGUUUGACAAGACAGCCUUAGAUGUCGAUAUAUCUAACCAGGCCUAUCUCAUCACGGGCGCUAACAGUGGUAUUGGAAAGAGUGCUGCUCUUGCUGUGGCUCAAAGAGGUGGCACAGUUCAUAUGAUAUGUAGAAAUCAGACAAGAGGAGAGGAGGCAAAACAAGAGAUUGAAACUACCACAGGAAAUCAGAAAGUCUUUCUUCAUGUUGUCGAUAUGUCAGACUCACAGAAGGUGUCUGAUUUCGCCAGGGAAUUUGCAGAAAGUGGAAAGGAACUACAUGUUUUGGUAAACAAUGCAGGUUGUAUGGUGAACACAAGGGAGAUGACAUCAGCUGGAUAUGAAAUGAACUUUGCGACCAAUGCUCUCGGAACAUACAUCUUGACAUCACUCCUCAUUCCAGUUUUACAGAAAGCAGAGAAUUCUAGAGUGAUAACUGUUUCUUCUGGAGGUAUGUACACACAGAAGCUGGAUCUAAGCAAUUUACAGAGUGAGAAAAGCUUUGAUGGAACAAUGUCAUAUGCCCACCAAAAACGUCAGCAGGUGAUCAUGACUGAGCAGUGGGCAAAGAGAUACCCCGAGAUCAAGUUCUUUACCAUGCAUCCUGGCUGGGCCGACACACCGGCCGUGCGGAACUCCAUGCCCGAUUUCUACGCUAGGUUCAAGAACAAACUGAGGACCCCGGAGCAAGGGGCAGACACUGUCCUUUGGCUGUGCCUGGCGAAAGCCCCCUUGGACGCCGAGAGUGGAGGAUUUUAUUUGGAUCGCAAGCCUCAGUCAAAACAUCUCACUUUUGCAUGGACCAAGUCAUCAGCUGGCGACGAAGAGAAGCUAAUGACAAUACUGGAAGACAUGGCCGCCAAGUUCAGGACAAAAUGAGAUUAAUUCAAUUAUGACUUCAUUAAAGUGUCGCAGCCAGUUUGAGAGUGAUGCAUUUAAGUGUCAUUUGGUGCUACAACCAUAUAAUCUGGAUUGAAUAGUGUUUGAUGUCAGUGAUGUGGCAAUUUGUCAUUCAAAGUUUGAAGAUGAUAAUCAGUACUCUGGUGAUCUGAUUAUUUUAUUCAAAUUGUGUGCCCUCGUAAGGGUUCCCAGCCCAUUGGGGAAAUCAGGGAAAAUUAUUUUACUUUUUUCCAGUCAGGGAAAAUCAGGGAAUUUGAUUAAAAAUACCUCAAAUCAGGGAAAAUGUCUCAAACGAGAGAAAAUCAGGCAAUUUUGAUUGGCCCAAAAGUCGAAAGCAUGGUAGUCAGUCAGACUCUGUUAUAUUUUGUUGCAUAUCAGAUCAACAUACAUUGAAUGACUGGUUAUGGUGAUUUUUUUAGUGUAGCCUCUUAAACUGCAGUACAAAAUUUUACACUGAAAAUAUAUGUAAUUCACUGCAACAACAUACAAAACAUGCAAAACUGGGAAUGGGUUUAAAUCAUUAUCAUGGAAUUUUUCAACUUCAUCUGGGAAUAAUCAGGGAAUUGUGUUUUCUUGAAAAGCUGGGAACCCUGCUCAUCUUUGUCUAUCUGGGAAUCUUGGGAGUCAUGAGGUCAAAGGUCAAGUAGGUAAAAGGA